GAAGAUGGCAGUGAACGUAUAUUCAACGUCAGUCACCAGUGAGAACCUAAGUCGACAUGACAUGCUGGCCUGGAUCAAUGAGUCCCUGCAGUUGAAUCUGACAAAGGUCGAACAGUUGUGCUCAGGGGCUGCCUAUUGUCAGUUUAUGGACAUGCUGUUCCCUGGCUCCAUUGCCUUGAAGAAAGUGAAAUUUCAAGCUAAACUAGAACAUGAAUACAUCCAGAACUUCAAAAUAUUACAAGCAGGUUUUAAGAGGAUGGGUGUUGACAAAAUAAUUCCUGUGGACAGAUUAGUAAAAGGAAAGUUUCAGGACAAUUUUGAAUUCGUUCAGUGGUUCAAGAAGUUUUUUGAUGCAAACUAUGAUGGAAAAGACUAUGACCCUGUAGCUGCCAGACAAGGUCAAGAAACUGCCGUGGCUCCCUCCCUUGUUGCUCCAGCUAUGAACAAACCGAAGAAACCUCUCAGCACUAGCAGUGCAGCUCCACAGAGGCCCAUUGCGACACACAGAACUACUGCAACCCCUAAGGCUGGCCCCGGUGUGGUGCGAAAGAAUCCUGGUGUGGGCAAUGGGGACGACGAAGCAGCUGAACUGAUGCAGCAGGUCAACGUAUUGAAACUUACUGUCGAAGACUUGGAGAAAGAAAGAGAUUUCUACUUUGGAAAGCUAAGGAACAUUGAAUUGAUUUGCCAGGAGAACGAGGGGGAAAACAACCCUGUAUUGCAGAGGAUUGUGGACAUUCUCUAUGCCACAGAUGAAGGCUUUGUGAUACCUGAUGAAGGGGGCCCACAGGAGGAACAAGAAGAGUAUUAACAGCUUGGACCAGCAGAGCAACAUCCGAAUUCUUCACUCCAAAUCAUGUGCUUAACUGUAAAAUACUCCCUUUUAUUAUUUUUAGAGGACUCACUGGUUUCUUUCCAUAAACAAAAAGUACCUCUUCUUAAAGUGCACUUUGCAGAAGUUUCACUCUUUUUUCAACAAGUUUGAGUUAGGAGCUUUUACUUUGUAGCAGAGCAGUAUUAACAUCUAGUUGGU